AUGCAACAUAACGUCGAAAUUAAGGUGGAAACAAUCGAUUGGGUAGGGAAUUUCGUUGGAUCGAUUUUCUUUGACAACCCUUCUCCAUCUAAUAAUAGCCCAGACACUAACAAGUCGUCCAGAAAAAAAAAGAAAAAGAAGUCUACGGAAAUCACUGCUGUCAAACAAAAAACACAUCUUAGUGUCUUACUAAUAUCUCAAGGCUUUGGCAUUGUUCAUCGAGCUUUCACAACUGAACGAUUACCUCACUAUCAAGAUAUGAUAAAGGCAGAAGAGGAUGCUAAACUUAAUCAGUACGGUCUGUGGUCAUGUGAAGAGUUCGUGAAAGAAUGGGAAGCUGAAGUCCAAAAGAAUGCAGAUCCUACUGCUCUCAGCGGCACAGAGGAUAGCAAUCUUAAUUCAUUGACUGAUUUCUCGGAAUAUUUGGAUGAAUUGUCAGAAUUACCAAUUAACGUACAUGGCGAUUCAACAGCUGUGAUCAAUGGUGAAAACACUAAGCAGUUAUCAUGGAAACCUGUUCAAAUAACCGGGCUCUCCAAACCUGCUGAUGCGUGUACUCUGGUCAAGAUUAGUCAAAUGCUGAACAGUCAAUCAUUCCCUUCGUUUCCAUCGGAAUACUAUCCUAAAAAAGGCAUCCAGUUUAUUGACUUUGGCAAUGAAGAAGUGAUAGAUGCAGCUGAAUACUCAUCACGUCUUUCUCCUCUUCCAUCUGAUCCACUGAUGCAACUUCCACCACAAGUGAAAGAAUACCGUUUGGCAUUUGUCCAACUUCCUCCCGAUACAUCCGAUCGUGUCUUUGCAGAGCGUACUUUUUGCGACCUCGUUGAAAACCAAGAAGUACGACUUGUUGUUCAGUACGAGUCAAUGCCGUGUGGAAAGGAAUUAGUGAAACCUGUCCUAUCGGUGACAUUGUUACUGCCAGUUGCAGACAUCAACACAUCUGGAUCAUCUGUCUGUCCAAAUAACAUAGAUAUCAAUGAGUCAUUGUUGUCUAAUGGUUUAGUGUUUGUUGAACCGAUCCAACCUCAGUUAUUAUUUAAAUGA